CUGUGGUUAACAUUUCAGUGCGUCAUCAGAGGAAGUCCACAGCGAGUGUGUGUCAGUUGUGAUUCUCAUGCCCUGGGUGUGAGUGUAGAGGGGGAGGCCACAGCACCUGAAGGCUGAGUGACUGGCCUCAUUCUGAUAUCCUUCCAGAAAGAUGAAGCAUCUGUUGGUCUGGCUGCUCCUCUCCUCCCUCUGUUCCCUCUCUUCUUGGGGGAUAAGAGACAUGUUGGUGGUGAUCCAGUCUCCUCAUAAUGUAACAGUAACAGAGGGGGACUCUGUUCAGAUCCAGUGCUGCUGGAAUCAAAAUGUGUCAAGAGGGACAGUUAAUUGGCAUAAAGAAGGACACAUCGAGAUAAAAUAUAAGAGUGUCCUGGUCACCUACAGUCAGUGUUAUGACAGGGCAUCUCAGCAGACUGUAGCCUGUAACUGCUCAAAUUGGACCAUCUCAAAUGUCACUAGAAAUUACACGGGUACUUACAUCUGUAAAGUUUCUUUAGAGAUCCCAUCUCUUAUUGAAUCCGUGGGGGAUGGGACACGGAUAACAGUUACGUCCCAAAAUACGACAAACAAUGAUUCCUCAGAAGAAAAACUGCCCCAGCUGCUGCCUAUCAUGAUUCCACUUGCUGUCCUGCCACUGUUCCUCCUCCCUCUCAUCUGCCUGUACAGGGCAUGGAAAAGACACCAAGGUGGUGCCAAAGACAGAACAGUCAGGGUGAUCCACGAGGCUCCCAACCAUGAGGACGAGGAGUUGAAGAUGGAGGAGCUGGAAGAGGCGGCCAACCAGAGCUCUUCCUCCUCCUCCAGAGGAUCCACCCAAUGGUGUCAAGUCCAGGUGUAUGAAUCACUGGAUUACUUGGCUUUACCAACCCAAGACAAAGGUUAAGGACCGGCUGUGAAUGUAUUUUCUGUGAAUUUAUUUUUCUAUUGCGUUUCAUGUGUCAGUCAUUUCUGUAGGUAUUUUACAGUAUGUAUGUACAGUGUAUUUUUGAUGUGUGUGUUUUUUUAUUUGAUUGCAGUAGGUAAUUACUGCUAUUGUUUCUUCUUUAAACCAUUUUUACUGUGUGUGGAAUGUACUUUAUUCUCCAGUGAGGAAGUGAAAGAGAAACUCUUGUAAAUGUAGGUUGUGCAAUGAGGUACUUUUACAAAGAUCUGUGAAUAGUUACUCUUUAUUUAACUCUGGUUUGUAUCUUAGACCUAUGCAAAAGCCAGUGUUCACAUGAAACGUGUGUGUGUGCGCACGUAUGCAUGUGAAUGUGUCCAUGUGCCUGACAAGAGAAAGCGAGUUAAAAGAGGAAAAUGAUACUACACAAGAGACAUAUCACUGAGUGCGUUUUGACAAUACUAAUGACUGCAAAUGGAAAAUACAGUAGAAUUGGAAAAUGCCCAAUGAUUGAGCAUCAUCCAGUCGAGGGAUGCAGCCUUAAGGUUCUCGGUUCAACUGGUGUUAUACCACCAGUGGAAAUGAUGGUAUCUGGGGGCUCUCUCUCAUAGGUCAGUGACAGGAAAUGGAAACAGAGCACACGGUGGUGACAGUAUAUGCUUAUAUCUCAGGUAGUAACCAUGGCCCCUCGUCUGCUGUCGACUACAGGAUGAACAGAAAUGAGAAACAGAACAGUUUUACAAUAACAGUAGAUGCGAUUGCCUUACAAAUUGACACACACUCAUACACAUUGUGAAAUUAUUUGAGUAACAGAUCAUGUACAUUUCAGCUAUUUUAGAGCUGUUUAGCUGACACUCUUAUCAGUUGCUCGCGGCUAACAAAUGAUAUGCUCACAAUAGUUGUCAACGCUUAUUAACACAUUAUAUAUAUUAAUAUAUUAUCCUACAACUUGCCCCAAUGAGUCACUAGGUCCUGCAGUUACAAAGUAAGCAGACACACACCUACUCACAUCUUAUAAAAACAAACAACAGUUUGUAACCAUGGCUGCACUCCUACCAAGACAGAAUUGUUAGGCACGGUAACACAUUCUCACUGCUUAUGCCUUCUGGCAACAUCCUUGGUUUCCUAUUUACACGUUUACUUGUUAUCAUCUGAGAUUAUUCUGAUAUAUGAAGUUGUGUUUUGAUAAUGAAUAAACAUAUUUAAUUCGGCGGAUUGAUUACUGCAAGAUGCAGAAGAAUGAAAAUGUUUUGAUUUUGCGAUGCACGCAGACACACAGGUUGUCUUUUGAAGAAAGCGUCACUAUAUAGGGAUCAUAAAUGUUUACCAGAAAAGAGAGCAGCAUUUCCAGGAAACAGUGCUACAGAUGACCAGAUACACACACAGAACAGAGACACCCAAAGAUUUUCACAACUUAACCAAGAUAGACCACAGCUUGUCGUUUCAAAUGGGAACAAAUGAGUCAGAGUGUGCAGAACAGGUGGGCAGAGCCAAGCACAUAUCCUAUUGGCUCGUUCUAGUAUUAUCUGCAUAUUUCCGUUACGGAACGCCUACUCUGUGAAG